AUGAAUUCCACCCAGAGGAAAGCGAUUGAAAACUGGAUUGACAAUAUACCCACCAAUAAUCUAGCAUCACAACCAGCUAGCGCCAGCCAUGCUUGCUGUUCUCACAAGCUGCAGGAGUCGCUCCUGACCCCGCCAGGAACUUCUGCUCUUCACAAUAGGACCAAACGAAGACUCACAGAAUUGGACGCGGAGUCGAAUAUGUCUUGUUCUGAACCACAAAAGCGACUUCGUCGGACGCUGACUACUGAUACCGCUUCCCUACCAGUUUCGCUUCCUGAUAGCAUCACGCUCUCUCCUUCGGUUACCACACGGUCAGAUAUCACAGCCAGCGAUCGGCCCCGACAACGGUCAUCUAGUCCGAACCGUACGAAAUCUAAUCUGACAUUAGGCACACCAAAAAUCAAAUUCCUACACGAGUCGGCUGACCCAGGCAGCGAUUUAGCAAGACAAUUACUAGUGCUGUUAACGGCGGACAACGAGAAAUGGGAACCGGAAGCACACGAAAUUGACAAGAUCUCUGCUGCGUCGUGUAAAUGCGAUGCCCAAUUACGAAGCGAGGGCUCGUGGGUUAUUGAAGUCGUUCGUCCGCUACUACAAUGUGCUAUAGGGAAACUACCUCUAGAGUGUUGGAGCGUUCAAACCGAGACUGUCGAUCCUAAGUACCAACCUCGUUAUGCUGCACGCGGCACUUAUAACCGUAAAAUCGAUCUUGUGGUCGGUUUCCCGGUUGACGAAUGGUCAACGGAGUACGAAGGCAUGGCUUCACGGUAUCCAGAUCAGUGUUUCAGCCACAUCGCUCAUCCACAUACUGGAGCACGAUUUCUUGGACCUGGCUUCGAAGUCAAGGCUUCUGACGGAAACUUGGUUGAAGCGCAGGUACAACUUGGUGUUUGGAUGGCAGGGUUGAUGACCUGGGCGUGGGAUCAUCGAUGGGGGGAUUCUCUCCCUCCCCCCGUGGUAGGGUGCAUUAGCAUUGGCGAGCGCUGGGAUUUCUACAUUAUUUAUAGCGUGGAAGUAGAUGAAUCUGCUCGACCAGAGGUACGUGUUUGGGGCCCGUUAUCUGACCUGGAUGGUCGUACAGGAACCUGCAAGGCAACAGCCAUGUUGGCUAAACGACUACGGCGAGUGAUGGAAUACACUGAAAGCCAGUACAUCCAGCAACUAUUGAGAGCAAUUACAACAUGA